CAGCAUCGGGAACCACAGCAGCAGCAGCAACUCCAGAACCAGCCUCCACCAUCCUCUAUCUCCCAGGCCCCUCCUCAGACACAGUCUUCGCAGCAGCAGUCUCAGCAAAGGCAGCGGCCUCGACGUGUUCAAAGGGCAAUGUCCCAGGAUCGUGUUCUAGUCCCACAAAGUGGACUGCACCAGGACUACAACAUGUCUUCUGGGGGUAUGUCUCCAUAUGGAGGCAGGAUCCUCUCAGAUGAACAACUCCUGUCUGCUGAACGCCUUCGGUCCCAAGAACGUCUUUUGCCACAGGACCGCCACACCUCCCAAGAUCGCCUGUACUCCAAGGACCGCAUUUACUCCAAGGACCGGCUCCUGUCACACGAGCACCUGUACUCAAAGGAUCGCCAUUACUCUCAAGAACGACUUUACUCACAAGAUCGCCUGUACUCGCAGGACCGCUUUCUAUCCCAGGAUCCCUUGCUCUCACCAGAAAGGUUGAUGAUGUCACUGAAACGUGGCAUGGUCAGCAAUGUUUCUGGUGGCUUCCGUGGGAGUGACAUGUCAAUGUCACGUGCCAUCUCUCACACAGAUGUGUUCACACCAACAACUCCUCUCAUGGAUCGCUACAAGAUGACCAAGAUGCAUUCCCAUCCUAGUGCCUCAAACAAUAGCAGCAGUGGUGGAGGUGUCAGCAGCGGGGCACCAGGGGCAGGAGUAUCAGUGCAUUCAAGCACUUUAGCCACGAACCAGACAACAACAAAAAGACAGGCAUUUGCUUCCAGACGGACUCACACUGUGGAACAGCUCCAUUAUAUCCCACAGCAACAGCAGCAGCAGCCACAGCACUAYCGCACAGGCAGCAAGACUGAAGUGACUGUGUAACAGCAGGCUAAACUGCUAGUGGGGGACUGUGUGCCAGGCAAGGAGGGUGGGGGGUUGACAGUGGAACAUGGGUACACUGACCACCUGGUACAGCAGGAUGGUAGUCAUUUAAUUUUCUUUGACUGAAGUUUCUGAAAGUCAAAGAUUCCAGGACCAAGGUCAUCCUUUAUCUACCUGAGAGACCGGAAAAUAAACUCCACUGUACACCAAAAACAUGGGCCCAGCAAAACCAGAAGCCAGAGAGGGUUGUGGAAUAGAAAGGGUUAGUAUUAUUCAACUAAUUUGCCUCAGAAACUACCCAGUGUCUUGAUAAACCUUGUGUUCAGGCACUAACUUGGUUUUGUGUCUGUUCUCAAAGGGAAACUCUGAAUUUGCCUCCUGAAGCCUUCAUUGGUUCCUUUUUUCCCACAAAUGUAUUCUGUGACCUUUUCUGGCAUACCUUAAAGGGCUCUGCAUGGUCAAACACUAGAAUUGAUUCCUCUGUGACUUCUGUUGAAUACCACUACACAUCACAGGUGAUGAACUAAAGUGAGCCUGUAAUGACUUUAUAAAUAUAUAAAUAUAGUAAUAAAAAAGGAAUCAUUUGUAUGCCCUGCCAUACGUAUAGCUCUAGAAUUUCAGAAAUACAAACUGUAAUGGAUAUUAUAAAAAUUUCCAGUUCAACAGUACCAUCUGGGUUACAAAGCACAAUCAGUACAAAAACACUGUUAGUUUUUUUCUUGGAGUUUGAAUAGUGAUGGUUAGUUGUUUUUUUUCAUUUAGGAAAAAUGCAAUUUUGGUUGUUUUUUUUUCUAUUUUUUAGUUUUGCUUCCAGUAGAUACCUGUAAAUAAGCUAUCCUAGAAGCAGUAUAAUGGACAACUCUGUACCCAAUGGACUUUGUAUUAGACUGUCUGUUUUCAAUAGAUUCUUAACUAUAAAUCAUCACUGUUUUGUGAGUUCAGAAUAGAAACCCACUUAAUCCAGUAUAUGACUGGACAAUUACUGUGUGUAUUGUUGCCAAACUGUUCUGAUGAAAAGCAAAUGAAUGUGUAGCUGACAACAGAUAUACCACUGUUCAUAUCCGGAUGUAGACUGUAUUCCAUAAAUAUUGAGAGACUUCUUGGCUAUGGAUUAUAUGACUUGUCAAGUAGGUCAAAUAAAACAUCCAUAUUUGAUUAAAAUCCAGCACAGCUUUUUGAGACUUGUGUUGUGUGUCUGCUUUAAUAAACCUCUUAACUAUG